AAGUAGGAACUUCAAGGUAGCAUUGGCAACAACGAUGCAUCGCAGAUCAUCAAAGAGAAGCGAUCAGAAGAAAAGAAGGUUGAGAAUCCUAAACUCUCGCAUGAAAAGGUUAAGAGUGGAGAUGGAAGAAAUAAGUGAAGAGCAAAAACAGAUAAAAGAUGGCCAAAAACAAGUAAGAGAAAAGUUUCAAGCAAUUGAGUUGGAAUGCGAGCAACUUCGGAAGGAGACUAUCCUCGUAAUACAACAAAGUGUCAGCACCCAAAUCCGGCUAGCUCUUAUGUUCCAAAUCCUGAAAGCUAGAGAAAGCCAUGACUUUUCCAAAGCGUCACAACUCACUUGUGCUCUCCGUGAACUGGUAGCGAAAGAGGAUCAGCAAAGGAAGCUUUGAUGGCCAUUGAUGAGGCAUUCUCUCGCAAAUUAAUAAAUGCAUGGUGGAUUACAGUCCAUUCUACUAUAAUUGAUUAGUUUAUGGUUUUUUUUUUUUUUUUCAUUUGAAGAAGAAGAAUAAUUCGGAACCUCUUCUUUGAGUAGAGGGAUUAUCUACUAAUCAUUAAUCUCAAAUGCUUAUGCAGAUCAGUGUUAAGUUUAGGCAUGUUCUCUAAGAAGAUGCCUUCCAAUGUUUCUCGUCCUUUGUUUGGGAUUGAUGAUGCCUAUCUCUCGUUCUUGGGUUUUCUUUACUAUUUGUUUGUGUUUGGUAUCUCGUGGGUUAUUAGGGUCUAUUAAAUUUGAGACUUUUAAUUGCUUGUACUGUCAACCUGCUAAACAACCAGCUUUGUCAACUUCUGUGUGUUUUAAUAAAACAUUUGGGCUAUUCGGGUUGAG